AGUGUACGCGGCCUAGAGGCGGCCCCCGAGACGAGAUGGAUCUUGCCCCGUCGAUGGUGCAACGAUCCGGCGACAAGCUGAUAGUGCGGCGGGUGGUCAGUGGCGAGCGGGUGCACCUGAGCGAAUCGCCCGUGGGUGGAAGUCCCACGCUAGAUGACGAGGAUACCCCGCAGCACCAGCAGCAGCUCAUGGAAGGUUGGCGGCAGGAGUUUGCCGACCGUAGCCUAGGCUCCAUUACCCUCCGGUCACCGGUGGACGAGUCGGAAGGCGACAGUACACCGGGAACGCCGCAGGACACCGAAAACGAACGUCAGCUGCCCCAGUGCAAGAUCAAGCGCAACUACUCGUGCGGCCGGUGUGCGUACUUCACGCAGAACCCGCGCGAGUACCUAACGCACCUGCGCGAUACCCACGGCGAGAAGAUCGUGAUCAACGAGUGCAAACGGUGUCUGUACGCGUCGCGCCACUACCAGAAGCUGGUCCGGCACAUGAAGAUGGUGCACGGGUCGGUCGACGGGAUUCGAAAGUCGGCCUUCGGUAGUCGUCGACGGGUGCAGAGAGGCUACCUGGGUGGCGGAGUGCCUGGAAAGCUGCUGCGAUCGAGCGAGGCCGAGCGGCUGACAUCGGCUUACGUGCAGCAGCUAGUGGCGUCCGGGCUGCCGAAGCUACUGGAGGAGAUCGAGAAGGCUGGCGCAAGCACAUCGCUUGGAACCAACAGCUUUACGCGAAACAACACGAUCCACCUGGACCUGGAGCAGCUGAACAAAUCUUUGCCAUAUUCCCCGGAGAAGAAGACCGUUCUAGAGGCUAGUGAAGGAGACCGGAGGGAACGAGGCGAGAAUCCCCCCACGACGAGUGAAACGGAAGAUGACGCAAAGACCAAAAAACGAUCGCGACCCAUCCCGAAUCUGAUACCGCUUAGUGUGUCACCGGUACCGUCGACCUCGGCCGGGUCUGGCCAGCGGUUCGUGAAGCCACUGCCACUAUCGGCAUUGACGGCGCAGCCUGAAAGCAAACGAGAAGACCACAGCCCGGCUCAGGAGUUCCCGAUCAGCCUUACCAAGCACGAACCGGCCAUGACAGAUGUGCCCGAGGAAACGCACAACCCCGGGACGAAGUGUAUUUACUGCGAUCUUGCGUUCAAAACGGUCGAGGCGCUGGCGAACCACAUCAAGCUGGCGCACAAGGAGGACCUGAUUGCGUACCUGUUGGCGCAUUCGUUCGAAGAGGCGGAAGCGAAGGGACGCGCGAUGCGGCAGGCCGAGGUCGGCCAGGCGAACGAAACGUGGAGGCGAUUGGUUGAGGGUGGUUCCGUCGUGGAUGCGGCGGUUCGGCGUGAAGAGGACACUACAGAGGCUAGAAACCUGGUGACGCAGGUUCAACCGACGACGAAUGACGAUACGGACGACGACAGCCGGGAGGGGGAUGGUCAUCCACAUCAGGCUCAAACGUUCUGCGGUGUGGAGACGGCGCCCGGGUACGGCGAGGUUACGAACCGGAUCCCGUGCGUGGACCCGACGGCCGGCGGGACGGCACUGAUGAAGAAGGUGUUCAAGUGUCCGCACUGCUCGUUCUGGGCCUCGACGGCUUCCCGGUUUCACGUGCACAUCGUCGGCCAUCUGAACAAGAAACCGUUCGAGUGCUCGCUGUGCGCGUACCGAUCCAACUGGCGCUGGGACAUUACCAAGCACAUCCGCCUGAAGACGAUCCGCGAUCCGAGCCACAAGAAUGCGUGCGUCCUGAUGAACGACGAAACGGGCCGGCGGAACUACACCAAGUACAAUAAAUACGUCGCAUUGAUGCAGAUUACCGACAAGUAGGGGCUGGCAAAGGAAUUGACGGGGGAGGCGUAGCGAAUGUCAACUAGCAGCAAGCAAAACGGAGAGUCCGCUUCACUGUUGAACAAGAUCAAUGAUUGUAAUACAUAGGACAUUUGACAUCCAACAGCAUUGAGUGGUUCUUGUGUAAUCGUUUUAUCUUCUAUCGGUGUCAUUUUCCACCAACGCCAAAGACACAGGAGGAAGACUAGUGUCCUACUUCUUGAAGAAUUGCAAACAGUCUAGUAGUAGAAUGUCAAAGCCAUAACCAGAUUAAGUCCAGGGUGGAUCUUCAAAGCAUAUUAACAUCACCACAAGGAGCGAGCGAUGGCCAUCAAAUUGGAUUGUUUUCCCCGAAGCCACCACCCUUUUUCAAAAUGCCGGGAGGAGUAUUCAAUAUGCCGGAUAGCGACUUUGAACCUUGUGGGGGUUUUGCGUUUGGGUUGGGAGUAAAUGGUAAAGGAAUAUUACUACGCGCUAGUAUCGAGUUCAAGUAUCGAUCGCCGCCUUCGGUGACUCGGGCAACGCUAUGCUUCUUGAGAGGAACGUUAAGUUCACAUCCCGCGAAACUUCUAUAGGAUCGCUUUUAGAGGAGAUAGGAAGAAGCGAGAAUAAAUUUUAUGGAAUCGCCCAUUCCGCUUGACUUGACGUGAAGUUUCUUACCGUUUGAGGAAUUUUCUUUUUACUUGUUGCUGUUGAACACUUGAUUUGUUUCCAGCAGUUUUUUUUUUAAUGUUUUCUUCGCAUCGGAAUUUAUAUACUUUCGAAACGAACUGCCCAACUACUCUGUUGAUUCUUUUCGUAUACGGAUCCUUCCUUGCCCCCCUAACCUCUGCCUCGCUUUCUGUUUCUCUCUACGUCCAACCCACCGAUUAUUCCGUCCGAUUCCGCUACCACCAGCGACCAACUCCGCAGAUUCCCGGUCCAGGAGACUUGCUUUGCUCUGUUUCCACAUCCCCUUUUGCACUUUGGCGUUUAAAAUAUUCCACAACAGACAAUGGUUGUGAACGUUGGGAAAGAAAAGGUAGCACAACAGCUUCUCGCAACCAACAUUAACCAAACCUGCAGCAUCCGAGUGAAGUCGACAGUUAAGUCAGUGAUGGAGCGAUAGAUUUAUAGAGACGCAAAGUGGGAACGGAUCGUAAGCAGUUGCGCCGCUUUAUUAGAGUUACAUUAUUUCUUAUUACGCUGUCGUCAGCGCAAGGGCAUAUGGUAUUUAGGCAUUAGAAAACGCCGCGCACGGUCACUUACGGCACCAACAUUUGGCAUUCCUUAACUGUUGUGACUGCAACCGUACCAGACGUGGGUAUUGUAGCAGGACCAAUAACAAGCAUAGGAUAGUAGAUUUGUUUUUUAAUUGAUAUAUAGGACUUCUGGGAGGAAUCUCUAUCUUAACUUAUACCACACAUACUUUUGAUGUAAAAACUUAACCAUUUUUAUGUAACACACUUUGGGUAAAAUACUUAAAAAUAAACUUUUGUUCU